UCUUUUUUCUUUUUUUUUUUUCCAAAUAGCUGUUCUUGAUGUGGUUUUGAUUUUAUUUUCUUUCUUCCGGGAUCUGGGUUUUGUGUUGUUUUCUCACUAAUCUACUGAGAUUCUUACAAGUACGAUGUUCAAAGUUUGAAUCUUGGAAUUUCCACAUCUUCUCUCCGCCAUUUCUUCCACAGAAUGUGCAGUUUGUAAAAACUCUAUCUUGAAGAAAUUAUCGAAUCUAGGGUUUCGCUGAUCUGCAGCAGACAUUGACUUUUUUUUCAAUUAAUUUCGGACACAGUUCAUUUCAACUGAAAAAUCUGUUCGAAAAUCCGCCCCCAAUCCAAAUGCUGCUGCUGAACUCUGAUUUUGGAAAGCAAAGUUAUAUUCUGGAGGAAGCUUUUCUUUCUGCUUUCACCCCUUUUGCUUUUUGGGGAUUUAGGGUUUCAACUUUGAACUGACCCUCCUUUUUUUUUGCCUUGCUUGAUUUUGUGUAAUUCUGUUUCUGAAAUUGAUUGUACAGAAUAUCAGAAUAUACAGACCUGUAAAAGAAAAAAAUCAAGAUUUAAUGCAUCUCUCUCUGUGGAAGCCAUUGUCUCACUGCGCUUCUCUGAUCCUUGACAAGAAGAGCAGCAGAAGAAGAGAUGGUUCCGAAAAUUCAACCGAAACGAAAUCGAAUUCAAGAAAACUGCAGGAGAGCAAACUCAGGGAGGCUCUCGAAGAAGCCUCCGAAGACGGGUCCCUCAUCAAAUCGCAAGACAUGGAUUCCGAUUUACUACCAAAUCAAGACGAAGGCAGCGGCUUGGGCAGAUCAAGAUCCCUCGCCCGGUUGAACGCCCAGAAGGAAUUCCUCAGAGCAACUUCCCUCGCAGCCGAGCGGACGUUCGAGUCGAGCGACUCGAUCCCGCAACUCAACGAGGCCUUCUCCAAGUUCAUCACAAUGUACCCGAAAUACGAGUCGUCCGAGAAAAUCGAUCAGCUGAGAGAAGAAGAGUACUCAAAUCUGUCGCUCUCCUCUUCGAAGGUAUGCCUCGAUUACUGCGGAUUCGGGCUUUUUUCGUUGCUGCAAACUGUUCAUUAUUGGGAAUCGUCCACGUUUAGUUUGUCUGAGAUAACCGCUAAUUUGAGCAAUCAUGCUUUGUACGGUGGUGCCGAUAAAGGCACGGUGGAGCACGAUAUAAAGACUCGAAUAAUGGAUUAUCUGAACAUACCCGAAAAUGAAUACGGCCUUGUCUUUACAGUGAGCCGUGGCUCGGCUUUUAAGCUCCUGGCUGAGUCGUACCCUUUCCACACGAACAAAAGGCUGUUGACCAUGUUUGACCACGAGAGCCAAUCGGUGAAUUGGAUGGCUCAGAGCGCUCGAGACAAAGGCGCAAAAGUCAACAGCGCGUGGUUCAAAUGGCCCACCUUAAAACUCUGUUCCACCGAUUUGCGGAAGCAGAUUUCGAACAAGAAGAAGAGGAAGAAAGAUUCUGCGACAGGGUUAUUUGUAUUCCCCGUUCAGUCGAGAGUCACCGGUGCAAAGUACUCGUAUCAAUGGAUGGCGCUUGCACAGCAGAACAACUGGCACGUCUUGCUCGAUGCUGGUGCAUUGGGCCCUAAAGAUAUGGACUCUCUUGGAUUGUCUCUAUUCCGACCCGAUUUCAUCAUCACUUCGUUUUACCGGGUUUUCGGGUACGACCCGACUGGAUUCGGGUGUCUUUUAAUCAAGAAAUCCGUGAUGGCCAGCCUUCAAAAUCAGUCCGGCCAUGCGGGGUCCGGUAUAGUUAAGAUCACGCCCGUUUUUCCUCUCUAUUUGAGCGAUUCGAUGGAUAAUUUCCCUGGUUUUGGCGAAGAAGACGAAGAGGAAGCUAUUGAUGUUAAUUCCGAAGCUCGCCCAGGUGGGUCCCAGUUACCUGCCUUUUCGGGUGCGUUCACUUCCGCUCAGGUGAGGGAUGUUUUCGAGACUGAAAUGGAGCACGAUAAUAGCUCCGAUAGAGACGGGGCGAGCACUAUAUUUGAGGAAAGUGAGAGUAUCUCGUUUGGAGAAGUGAUGAAAAGCCCGGUUUUUAGUGAGGACGAAUCUUCGGAUAACUCGUUGUGGAUUGAUUUGGGGCAGAGUCCGUUAGGGUCCGAUAAUGCCGGCCAAGCGAACAACAAGUACAAGGUGACAUCAUCAUCUUCGUCUCCAUUGCCGCCCGCAUGGUUUUCGAGCCGAAAAAAUAAUAAUAACAAUAAUAAUAAUAAGAUGAUGACUUCUCCGAAAGCAACGAAGGAAUUGUCGUUCGACGCUGCGGUACGAUCGGUUUCUCAAGAAUUCGACCACUUCAAGGAGAUGAUACCCGAAGAAGAAGAGGAAUACACGGAGAGGAGGCAAUGUGGGACCACCCCAAUUGAUGAACAUUUUCAAGAAAUUACCGAAGAGCCAGAAAUCAGCAACUCGAUUUGUCUCGAGAAGGAGAGUGCGAUAAGGAGAGAGACGGAAGGUGAAUUUAGGCUGCUCGAGAGGAGGGAGAGAAGUAGAAGAGUUGCAGGGGGAAGAUUUUUCGGUAUAGAAGAAACGGAGCAGAACGGGAGUAAAGGGAGAAGGGUGUCAUUUAGUACAGAAGACAACAAUAGCAAUAACCAUAGAGGGAAUCUCAGUACGGAAUAUUCUGCCGCUAGUUUAGACGACGAAGACUACAUGAGCAAUGGGGAAUACGAAGACGAUGGUCAAGAUUCAGACAGGGGCGAACCGGAAAUAAGCUGCAGGCAUCUUGACCACAUAAACAUGUUGGGGCUAAACAAGACAACUUCCCGGCUGAGGUUCUUGAUUAACUGGUUGGUGACUUCUCUACUGCAGUUGAGGUUGCCAGGUGGCGGUUCGGCCAAUGACGGUGCGCCACUUGUCCAUAUCUACGGCCCGAAGAUUAAGUACGAGAGGGGCGCUGCAGUGGCGUUCAACGUGAGGGACAGAAACAGGGGUUUGAUAAGUCCGGAAGUUGUGCAGAAACUGGCCGAGUCGAACGGAAUUUCGCUGGGAGUUGGAAUACUGAGCCAUAUUCGGAUAUUGGAUAGCUCGAAACAGCAGAGGAGGUUGUCUUCGAGUUUGGACGAUACUACACUCUGCAAGCCGAUGGAGAACGGGAAAAACGAAGGCAAGAACGGGUUUAUUAGGGUGGAGGUUGUGACUGCUUCAUUGGGGUUUUUGUCGAACUUCGACGAUGUGUACAAGCUGUGGGCGUUUGUGGCCAAGUUUCUUGAUCCGGAUUUUGUGAAAGAGGGUGGCGCGCUUACGCCCGUUGAAGAAGAGAUAGAAGAUGCGGAAAUGGUGUUGAUGAUGAUAAAUAUUUGAAUGAAAAAAGAUGCGUCUUGUUGUAUUAUGUAAACUGGCUUUAUUAUUUAUUCAUUCUUGUUCUUCAUUU